AUGUUCGCUUUGAAAAUGCACAGUUCCUCCCUCCUUUUCAUCGCUUCCUUCUUGGCUCUGUUAAGUGGUCUCCCACAGAAUGGUUUGCACUCACCAGAUGGUAGCCACCUGCCAGAUUUGCAGUCAAAAGGAUGCCCAAGAAAUCUUGUUGAGACUGCCCCCAUUUUGAAUUGCCCUAAUAGAAGAAAGAAUGGCCCUGCCGUUGGGGAAAAGAACGCGGUCCGCGCGAGUGCAUGCGGAGGAAGAAGAACUAUCCGCGUGGAUCGAAGCGGAGCGGACAAAAACAUUUCCAAUGAUAGGAGCGAACCGAACAAAAACGCCUCGCUGAAUGUAGGCGCUCUGAAGAGGGACAUCGGCCCGAUUGAAAAUGCAAAAAGGAAAGCGGCAGGUGCAAGCGGAAGCGCUAAGGCGAAACUGACCCGAUCGCACCCAAAGGCGGAGCCCAAAAUGGAAUGCCCUCACCCAAACGAGGAGCCCAAAAUGGAAUGCCCUCACCCAAACGAGGAGCCCAAAAUGGAAUGCCCUCACCCAAACGAGGAGCCCAAAAUGGACUGCUCUCACCCAAACGCGGAGGCAAAGAUGGACUGCUCUCACCCAAAUGGCGAAAAAAAAGACGUGUCGAGCGCCGAGUGCAUCGCAGACGGCGGGAGCGAACUCCCAUUUGGGUGCACCGAGGAGGAAAUGAAAAAGGAGCUAACGAGAAACCAAUUAAUUGACCUUACCGAUUCCUGUGGCUGGUUUGUACUCGACAAAAAACUGGUGUACCUCUCCUUCCACCACCACAAAAGGCAAUUAACGAGGACGUAUUACGGCAUGAUGAAUAAGCUACGGGGCGUACUUAACGAUUUGGCUGAAGAACACGGAAUGCCAGAAGAAGAAAAAGAAAAGUGCUGGGAGGAAUGCAGGAAGGAGCUAAUUCAAAAGAUGAAAGAUCUGGACCAGUUUUGCCAAAAAAGCUCAGACACAUUUUUAAAAAAAAAAUACAUAUGGAGACUAGACUUUGAUUUUUUUUUAACUCGCUACUACAUGGAGUGGGAUAAUGUCAUGAAGGAAAAUGCAAAGAAGUGGCCCAGCGUUUGGUUGAAAAGAGUAAAAGAUAGGGGUCUGCUCAGGGAAGCGGUGCCCAUUGGAGAGGCGUCAAAAAAGGCAGUAUGA